AUGACAGUGACCUAUUCGCUCGACGUGGCUUCUUCUUCGUUUUUCUGCUUAUACAAGUUGCUUUUUCGAUGGAAAGUGAGUGAAAUUCGUCAGGAAUCUGUGACUCAACAAAAACUUUUUUUGAGGGAUCAAUCUGGAAGUCAGUGUGGGCGGAGCUUGUCGUCUGGCUGAUCCUCUAUGCGAUCCUCAGCACCAUCUAUCGAACAGCGCUCUCGAUGAGUCAAAGGGCGUGAGUGACAAACUUCAAACUUGAAUAAUUUUGAAUAGACUCUGUUCAGAACUUUCGAAGACCUUUGCAUAUUUUUCGACACCUACUCCAACUUCAUUCCGAUCACUUUCAUGCUUGGCUUCUAUGUUUCUGCAGUGUUUACCCGUUGGUGGCAAAUCUUCGACAAUAUCGGAUGGAUUGACACGUAGGCGCAAAUGAAUGUAUAAUAAUGUUACACUGAAGUGGAUUUGUAAAGGCCGUGUCUCUGGAUAACCCAAUACAUUAAAGGAGAGACCGAAAGGGCAAAGUGUGUGAGGAGGAAUUGCAUCCGAUAUUCCAUUCUGACACAGGCUAUGGUGAGAAGAGUGUCACACUUCCACUCUGAACUUUUCAAAAGUUUUACAGGUGUACCGUGACGUGGCAGCAAGUGUCCGCAAACGAUUUCCAACGUUCAAUCAUCUGGUAACCGCUGGACUGAUGACCGAGAAAGAGAUGGAAGAGUUUGAAUCGAUUCCGAGUCCGCAUGCAAAGUACUGGCAGCCGAUGCACUGGCUCUUCUCGAUGAUUAGUCUGGCGAGAGAGGAGGGAAUGAUCGCCAGUGACAUCAUUUACGUGGAUCUCAUGGAGGUUUGUCCUAAACAAUCAUCUUUUUUGACUAUUGUUCAUCAUUUCCAGAAAAUGCGUCAAUUCCGUGUCAACAUUCUCUCGCUGACGCUCUUCGAUUGGGUGCCGGUCCCACUCGUCUACACCCAAGUCGUUCAUCUCGCCGUCCGAUCCUAUUUCAUCGUCGCGCUGCUCGGAAGACAGUAUCUGCAUCCGGAGAAAUCGAGAGUGCCCGAUUACAAGGAAACAAUCGAUCUCUACGUACCCAUCAUGUCCGUCCUUCAGUUCAUUUUCUUUAUCGGAUGGAUGAAAGUGGCCGAAGUGCUUUUGAAUCCGCUCGGAGAGGACGACGACGACUUUGAGUGCAACUGGAUCUUGGACAGGAACUUGCAGGUAAGCUGGGCCUAAGAAUUUAACUGAUUUUCCUCUUCCAGGUCGGUUUGAUGGUUGUUGACACCGCCUACAAUCGCUAUCCGACUCUCGAAAAGGAUCAGUUCUGGGAGGACGCCAAUCCCGAGCCUUUGUACACUGCGGAAAGCGCGAUGAGACCACUGAACCCUCAAAUUGGUUCUUGUGCAGAAAUGUAAGAAUGUGUGUCAAGAUGCGCAUUUCGAACUCCAUCCCGUUUAGGCCAACAGAAGAGGAGCCGUUCAUGGUUCGUCCGCGGCGCCGUACUCUUUCCAGAAUGUCCCGCUGGGACGGCGACAUGGAAGAUACGGACGUGAUUCCAGUGGUAGGUCUGAAGCAUCCGAGAGACGGCAGCAACUACGCAUCCGGAGAAUCGUUGGCUUUCUCGAACAGUUUUGUAAACGGCGGACGCAAACUGAGUGAAAUGUUCCGGAGAAUGAGAGCGGGCAGUCGGAUCGGCGACCGACAUCGGAAAAGACACUCGUCCGCACACGACUUCGAGAACGGCAUCGGAGCGUUCGGAGCAAAGUGAGUGUAUUUUUGUAUUGGCUCGACGAAAUCCAGUUUUCCGCAGAAAACACAGCGUCGACGACGACGUGGAUAUGUUCAGUAACAAGUUGAAUCAAGCGUCAGGCACACCGAAAACCGGCAGGCUCUGGAGUUCAAUGCCUCAAACACAAUUGGAAGAAAUGCUCAAGGUAGUUACAAUAGUCCCAUAUCUAUUAUCAACUGACUUUUUGAAGAAUCGUAAUCUCGCGGCUGCCCAUAAUAAUCAUCCAGUCAAAUAUGGUACAGACGGAAUGAAGGAAAGAGAAUUACCCGCUCCGACGCCUGUCACAGAUCACAUCGACCUACCACACUUGGUAACUCUCACCCCUCUCUCUCUCUCUCUAAUUAUAUAGUCAAAAUAUCUGAAAAUUCUCAGCCAGCCACUCCUUCGUGGUACAAUGACGGACUGUCGGUGAUCGCAGAAGAGGAGGAGGCGAAACGAAGAUCCAACACGGACACGGACUCUCCGAAAUCGGGCCGGCAGUCGAAAAAGUCGUCGACCGCCCGUCGUACUGAUCGCCGCCGCUCCAGCUCUUCGGGCAGCGAACUCGGCAAGUCCGGAAGGAGGGAACGGAAGAAGAGCGAGUAG